GAGGCAGUCGAGUAUAAAAUAGAUUGGGAGAGAGAGAGAAGAGGAGAGAGAGAAGGAGGGAGGAGGAUAAAUGAAGCCAGAGGGAAUGAAACACAUUCAGAGACAGAAAGCAGCCUGUGUUUAAACUCAACAGUUUCUCAGCAGCAGCCAAACAGCCUCCUCCUCCUCCUCCUCCUCCUUCAUCCUCCAUCCAUCCAUCCAUCCAUCCUCCUCCUCCUCUCCAUGCCGGCGGAGGUCUCCGCGGGGCUGCCAUGGCGAAGAUGCGGGUGUCGUACGAGUACUCCGAGGCCGAGGACAAGAGCAUCAGGCUGGGGUUGUUCCUGAUCGCCUGCGGGAUCCUCAGCCUCUUCAUCCUGGGCUUCUGCUGGCUCAGCCCGACCCUGCAGAGCCUCCAGAGCAAGCCGGCCAACUGCACGGUGGUGUCGGUGUUGCGUCCGGAGGAGAUGUUCGAGUGCGUGUUUACGUGCGGUACGGACUGUAAGGGGACGUCUCUCUAUCCCUGCCUGCAGAUCUUCGUCAACAACUCAGAGUCAAACUCGGUGGCUCUGCUGCACUUUGAUGAGCAGCAGCUGGUCCUCAACCCAAAGUGUUCGUAUGUCCCUCCCUGCGAGCGGGACAACCAGAAGAACAAAGACAGUGUUUUGUGGUGGGAAGAUUACUUCACCAAAGAGGUCAGCAGUCAGUCCUUCACCUGCUUCUUCAACCAGCAGAGGAGGCCAGAUGACGUUCUGUGGCGCCGCUCCCACGACACCAGCGUCCUGCUGCACUGUGUCCUCUGGCCAAUGGUGUCGCUCCUUCUGGGCACCCUCAUUGUGCUCCUGACGGUGUGCGCGCGUUCGUUGGCCGUUCGAGCGGAGGCUCUCCAGAAGAGGAAAUGCUCCUACGAAGUGUGCCAAGACCUGUCCGCCACGCCCUCAGAUCGCCGCGGCAACAAGGCCGAAGACCCACUCUCGACGAACUCUGACCCUGAGCUGUCGUCGCCGACAAGGACCCUGCCGCUGUUUGCGGUGCCGGUGCGGCGCCGCGAUCGAGAACAUUAAAACAGAAAGCUGUUUUUCCGCUUGAUGAAAUUCAGUCCGUUGGGAUGCUAACGAGCUGGUGGGCGACUGACUGGCUGAGGACGCCGCCAGCAGCCCCCUGCUGUCUGGAGCGAAGAUGAAACGAGGAUGAGGGGAAAUCCACCCUGUUGCCUACAGAUUUCAGCAGAAACAUCAGCACCUUUCAUAACUCAACAAACUGGAUCAACAGCGACUUAUGGACGCCGCUGAGUUGAAUCUUAUAAUCAGCAUAUCUUCUGUGCUAGAGUCAGUUCCUAUAAUGACAAUAGUGCUGUGAAUGAAGAGUCAAACAGCUGCUCUUUACUGCGGUCUUAACUGUAGCUCUUCUCUUAAUGUAGUUCUCCCUUUGAGUCCCAGUAGCCAUAACUGUUAAUGAAUAGAGCCAAAGUCCUCUUCAGGCUAGCUGCUGUUCCUCUAGCUUCUAUGGCUCAAUGCAAACUUUCAUUGAGGGUUUCUGAAACAUGAAACAUGUUUCUUGGGUUUACAUUACAGAUUGGAAGAUAAAAGAGUCCAUAGAGGUUCAACAGUACGAUUUAACCUUGUGUGAGUUUAACAGCGUCCAAAACAACUUCAGAUUUCAUUAUUUUUUUUGUUUUCCAGUGCGCACAAAACGUCUACGCUCUCUUCUAAAGUCAUCCUUCAAACUCAGCUGUCCUAGUGUUGUUACAGUCCUUUAUUUCUGAGAUUGUUUUGGGGGCAUUUUCGUCAUCUAAUGAGUGGUGGAAGAAAUAUUGAGACCCUUUUACUCAAGUAAAAGACAACAAAACAAAAACUCCAUUACGAGUAAAAGUCCUGCAUUCAAAAUCCUACUUAAAGAUACAGUCUGUAGUUUCUGCCAUUAGGGGGUCUCUCACAUCAGAACAAUAAGAAAAGAGGAAGUUUGAUGAGGUGGUGAAGCAGCGUGGGAUCAUGGGAGUUGUUGUCUUCACCACCAUUACCGUCAUUGUAGUCAGCUUCUCCCAGUUCCUUCGGUGUUCACUGACCCUGAUAACAAGUCUAGUGUUUAUAGACAUGUUAACGCGGAAAUGUUUCAUAUUAGAGCUUUAAGUAAAAGUAUCAUCAGCAAAAUAUAUUUAAAGUAUCAAAAGUAAAAAUAUUUGUUGCUAUAACACACAUUAAAGUCUUGAUGAAUGAAUGUUAGAGCAGCAUUUUACUGUUGUAGCUGCUAGUUGGAGCUAGUUUGAACAACUUUAUAUACAGUUUAGCCCACUGAUUCCCAACGUAAGGGUCAUCAGAUCAAUCUGAGGGGUUGUGAGAUGAUUAAUGGGAGAGGAAAGACAAAGAAACAAUGUUCUGUUAAAGAAAUUUGUAUAAAUUUUAUGGACUUUUGGUAAUUAAAACAUUUGAACAGUAAUGAAAUGAACCCAUGUGAGGAAGUUUAGAGGUGAAAUUGGUGGCACUGACGUCAAAAACAAGAAGUGGAGUCUAAAGCAGAAAAAAGUUUGGGAACAACAGCACGCCUUUAUUCAGGCUCGGUGACCUCAAACGACAAACCAAUCUGACAGAAAUUCAGCCCCGUUGUAAAAUCAGUCUUCCCUCCAUGAAGCAACCAACAAGCCUCGAAACAAGUAGAGCAUCAAUCAAGUCUUUCAAUCUAAUUAAGGAGGUAAUGAAAGGAUGCUGUAGCAGCGUGAUCACUGAAUGUUAAACAGGCAGCAAACACUGGGGGAGAGGACAUAAAAACAAACACAUGGCCGGUGCCCAGAGGCCUUCUUUCUUUCAAAUGUUGCCUUCAGUGGUAACGAGGACAAAAUCUAGACCAUGUGACUAAAGCAGGAUGCCAGUGACCCCAUUUACACCGAGUCACUUAAUGUGGAUCGUCUGGAUCGAAGACUUAAAUGUAUCGAGGAAAAACUCUGUUGGGAGCGCUUCUUGGACUGAAUUAGUUUGAGGUGAUCUGGAUAAGGAUUCACAUCACAAGUCAACUCGGACAAUUAAAAUGCCUUUAUUGUCUCUGAAUGAUGGCCAGAAAAGACAGGUGUUGUGGCAAAAACUGAUUGCCGUCCACUUUAAAGGUAUUUAAAUGGUAAAAGCACUGGAUUGGUUAUGAUUUAGGGCAAAGAGCAGGUAACGUAAUGUAGAGUCAUAAUUGGAAAAGAGAUCAUUUCUUUAAUAAUUGGUCCUUAAAUCACAUUAAUUACAGCCUAAACAAGGAUUUUAAACACAUAUAAGGAUGGAAACGAUGCUUUAGUAUUGUCUGGUUACAAUAUAAAGCAGUGCUGUAGUACUCAGGUCUUCGACUCGAGUCCACAUUUGAGAUGUUUUUGUCUCUUGUCUCAGACUCGUCUUGGACUCAUUGGUAUUUCUUAUUCUAGUUGAUCUGUAGGACUUCCUCCUUCAAAACAAAACCAUUGAUGAAGCGCACUUCAAGCAUUGACAUUGGUUGCCUGGUAACCAAGGUCACGAACCUCUGUCAAUGUCACUUGCAGUCGUACACCAGGUUGCCGAAACUCAUCUCAUUGGUAAAACCAUUGUUACUGCCUCGGUCUCGACUCUAUCUCUCUCAUUUGGACAUGGACUCACCUUGGACUCAAACCUCUUUGGACUCGGUCGUGACUCGACUAGUCCUGGUCUUGGACUCGACAAAGGUGGUCUUGACUACAGCAUCGCUAUAAAGUGCAAACACUUUUUCACUGCAGCCAUUUUAACAUGAAAUAGUGGUAAACACAGGUUUGAUGAUGAUAAUUAAGGAUCCAUGGAUUCAGUUUUGUAAUCGUAGAGGAAACUUGUUUGGAAGAUGGAAAUACUCCAUUACUUUGAUUUUAACAAACAAAACAGGAUUUUUAAUCGUCAUUAGUCUGAAUUUUGGGGAGAAAGAACACAAUUACUAAUUCUGUGGGGAGUAGCAGGAAAGUAAUAUAACUAAUAGUGUAACUAAUUACUGUUGAAAGGGAGUAAUAAGUAAAGUAAUGAUAUUGCUUUUGAAAAGAGUAAUGAAUUAAACUUUUUGAGUAACUAGCCCAACACUCAUAAACAGUUUGUGGCGCAGUGUAAAUAAAAGUCUUGAAUAUAGUCUGGAUUUAAUCCGGAUACACUUGAACUGACAGCUGAUCAGUGAGGAACAGGACAGACUUAAUAAAGUUAUUUCCCUACAUUUGUAUUUGUCAUUGCAGUGGUGACUGAUUAAUUCUGGACUAUAAAUUAUAAAAUAAUGGUGGUUCAUGAGUUUCGUAGCGGUCGGGACUGCUUUGUCUUCACUGUUGUUGUUGUCUCGUGUGUUUUUAGAGAAGCAAUAAGGACCGAUCAUUAUGUAUUCUUUUUAUUUUACUUCUGUCCAUCAGUGGGAUUUGCAGCUGAAAGUAGAGGAGCUGUUUUAGAGACUCUGCCAGCAGUGCACUGUAAUGUGUCCGUCUACACUCUUGUGAAUCUGAUUGGCUGUUUGGUUUCAGGUCAGAAUUAGAGACACGCCGGGAAAUUCUGGGCCGAUACCGAUGUUUUGUUUUUGUUGUCGCCCUUUUGUACCGAGGAAACAAAGAAAUCUACACUGAUGAGAUAAGCUUGUUGUUGGUAUGACAGAAAUUAUCUUUGGGAAACUUGUAUUUGACUUGUAUUUUGAUUUUUUAGUUUGUCCCAUCUGUUAAAUUGGACGGCACUGGGUUUAUGACCUAUACUGCAACCAGCCACUAGGGGGCGACUGAGAUGUUUUGGGCAGCUCUCAUGUUGUCCAUCUUUAUAUAAAGUCAAUGCUGCCAAAUUAGAGUGAAACCACAUCCAUACGGCUCAAAUAAACACUCUGCUGUCCGCCUUUUGCAGCACUCCCUUUUAGCUCUGACGCUACGGGGACCCUGAGCCGGUCAGGAGGCCGAGGUCUGCUGGAUUCGCUCCCUAAACCAAAACCAGUUGGUGUCAGAGGCUUCUGAAGGAGUUUGAGUUCACUUUUGGUCGUAGUGGUUGCAUCCAGCUGGGAGUCAGUAUGGCAGCAUAUCAGGAUCAUCAUCAGUGGUUUGUUCAGUGAAACAGGGAGAAAUUAGUGAUGUGCUCGAGGAUCCAGUGUCAUUUUCUGGAUUCCUGUGUGAUAAUCUGUCUGAUUCGUCUUUGUUGUUUUGACGCAUUUCUAUAAAACGAGGCAAGCAGCUCUGGGAAAAAGUGAAAUUAUUGUUUUAAGUACAACAACUUUGAAAGGCUGAAUUACUUCCCUGCCACGCAGCAGAGUUAACAAUAGAUCUGCUAUCACCAAACAUGAUUCAUCCUGUAUCAGAGGGAGUUUUUGAUCUUCAAGCGUCGUCUCCAAAUUCCUACCAACAGUCUAAAAAUUACCUACACGUUGCUAAGCAACAGCCACAAGUCCAAGUGAUGUCGCUGCCAAUGAAAAAGUAAAACAGCCAAACUUCAGUCUGCGGAUUGCUUCUGUUCUCUGUGUGAACUGACUGUUGUUGUAAAUACAUAUUUUCCUCCUCAGGUUCCGCAGUUUUAUGUUUUGUGGGAAACUUGAAUGUUGCUGCGGUAGCACAUUUAAUUUAUUUUUUUGCGCAGCUCCUCGUGGAAAAGUUUGUUCUGUGUCGAUGUUUGUUCUCAGAUAUGUGUUGUUGAUUUUGACCUGAGCAGAAGUAGAAGCAAGAUUUUAGCGUGUUCUCAGCAAAUUGUGACUAUAAACAAACUAUGAAUGUAAAAUAUUCUUUAUUUAUUCCUCUGUAAGGGGUCAGAUCACGCAGAGACACAUCACUGGAAACGCGUCGCCAACAUAUCCAUUGUUUUCCUGUGGUCUGGUGUGCCUGGCGUGCACUCCUCUCGCACGCAAGUUAAAACACUGUGAGAGCUACGGAGUAUAUUGUUUGAAUCCAUUUGGAUUCACCCUGUAGUGCGAUACAAUACUGGUUGUGUUUCUUGCCGAGGCGUUUUUGAAGCAGUCGUCCCUGUAGCGAUGCGUCUCUGUGGGAUCGCCCGUUUAGGCCUAAUGUGCACAGAUUUCAUUAUUUGUACUUUUUUUUAACAGAUUUUGCUGCAAGAACACAAACAGACUCAUAAAGGAACAAAUUAAACACCUUGUUUUACAUCAUAGCUUCUCCACUUCACAAAAAUUAAGCCAAAAUGUCUCGGAUACAGCCGCUGCCAUCUUGUGUUGGUGAGAUCAUUCGGAGCCAAAGCAGUCAGGGUUGGCGCCGUGAUUUUGAAGUCCCGCCCGUACGCCUGGGCGACUCAACCGUGAGCAGAGCUCAGCUGUCAAUCAUGGCGUGAACCCCCUUUUUUAUUGCUUCAAAUAACUAAUUAAAACCACACUGAUCAGAAUAAUAUGUGAACAUUGGGAGGGGGGUGGCGGGGUUUAUGACCUAUACUGCAGCCGGCCACAGGACUCUGAUUUCUGUUUCAUGUGGACUUUAAAGUUUCCACAGAUUUGCAGUUUACAGCAACUGACUGAAUGUGGAGCCGAGAGCAGGAACGACUCAUGUAGCUUCAGGAUGUAGCUUUGUUGUUCUCUCUUCUUCCCCUUUUACCUCCUCGUCUUCAUGCUUUUCCUUUUUAUUCUUCUUAAUAUUUAAUUUUCUCUCUUUAAUUUGACUCCCCCAGUGACGUCGUUGGAAACUGUUUGAAAAAGUUGUCAGGCACUUAAUACUGGGCAGUUAAUUAGAUCCAUUGAUCACCUUCUAUCAUAGGCAACCAAUCAGAUCAAUGAACUAUAUAACGUAGUCAAACUCUUACUGAAGCCAGUCAGGAGGAAAGCGAAAACAUCUUUUCAAUUGAGAAAAGCCUUCAAUGUUGUUCUUCUUUCAAUUAACACUCUCCAGUUCUGAUAUAACUGGUGCUAGCAGCAGCUAAGCUAACCCGUAGCUCGUGCAGUAGCUGCCAGUCCAUCUGCCUCACAGGUUUAUUCUUUUUUAAUCCAACUUUCUUCCUUUCCUUUUUACCUUUUCUCUACUUUCCCCUGUAUUCUUUCUUUCUUUCUUUCCGUUUUUCUUCUAAAAUAAAAUAAAACCUGUUGGAUUAGAAGCUUUCCUUACAGCCAAUAGAGCCUCAGUGUAGAGUUUGAUGUUAGAGAUGUACAGUCUGUGUCUCCAGCAUUUAGAAACUCUCAGAUGCUAACUUGCAUACGUUGGGCAAUUUGCAUAAUUAGCAUUAAUAAUCAGCUAUAUGGACAGUAUUUCAGCAGCUGCUUGGCCGAUCGGGACAAUAUAGGAGUGGUUUUGAGGGGUUAUUGAGGAUGAUGAAUCCAUUUCUGAUAUUUCCAAAGUACAAAAUGGCCAUUUAAACCAGAAGUGGCCAUAUUUCAACUCCUGUUGGGCUGAUUGUGAUUAAUUUUGAGUCGAUUUUUGAAGUUAUUUAUUGGCUUAAUACAUAACCACAGCAGCAAAGACACAAAAUGGUGCACAGCAAAGCAAAAACGGCAGCAGAACUGGAGAAAUUUGAAGAAAUAUUAUGUCUGAACACUGUCACCAAUGACAUUGAGCUUUCUCAAUUCCCAAAUACAGGAAUGAAUUACAGUACACACUCCAACAGGAGUUGAAAUAUGGCCACUUCCAGUUUAAAUGGCCAUUUUGUACUUUAAAAAUUUCAUAAAAACCACUCCUAUAUCGUAUAAAAUAUUGUCCAUGUUAUAGCUGAAUGUGCUAAAUAUGAAAAUGGUUCAACAUAUGCAAGUUAACAUCUGGCAGUGUCUAAACAGUCGGGAGCCUCACUAAUCAUUCCCAACAUAAAACUUUAGGGUAAUCAACAUUUCCGGGUUCAAUUUGCCAACAAGACUAUUUCUAGAAAAUCAGCAAAUCAGUGACACAAAAAAUAAAACAACACUGAAGAAAAAGGAACUAAUAUCCAUGAAGAGCUGAUGGUAAAUAUCCAGAUCUGUCAAAUAAAAUCUCUAAUCUUUGACAGAUACAAACGUAUCUCCACCUUGGAUAUCGUACUGUAUUUUUGUGCAUUUAUUGGAGUGCAAAGGGAGACUUUUAUGAAUCCAAUUUGUUUCUGCUGUUAACUGUUGUUUUCAGGGCCGGAUCUAGAGAGAGGAGGCAGCUGCCAACCCUAAAAAACAUGCAUGGCCACCACAAAUGUGACAAAGAUGUGGAAAUAAAACUAUUUAUUGAUUUAUAAUGCCACCUUUUAGAUAUUUCUCUUCAAUACUUUACAAAUGUAAUGUUUUAGAGUUCAAAUAUCUUAAUUUUGGGUGUUUUUCAAGGCAUUUUUUGUGAUUAAAUCCGCAUAUAGUUGUGAAUAUUUCUCUAGAUCCGUCCCUGUUUGUUUUUGAGUACAAACGAGGUUCCAGUAAACUGAGUAAAAGCCAUCUUGUUGUCCCUGAAUCAUCCGUACUCUCCAAAGAAAAUGUAGCUCCACCGUAGCAUUUCUGUGUAUUUUUAUGAGCUGUUGUUGUCUUUCUGUCCGAGAUGAAUAAUGUUAGAUUUUCUAUCUAAAGCCAUAUGCUAAGCUGUGAACUGCAGUAGCAACUAAACGCUGUAUUUCGCUUCCUCACCACAAAAAACAGAAGUGUUUAUUCUCACAGACGUGAUUUUGGUAUUUAAUGAGAUUUUAAUUGAUUUUCUGAUUUAUUUCUCCCCCCUGAGUUAAACCAAUGGCUCACAUGGAGCAAAAUCUGUCUUUAAUUUAAUGUAUUAAUGUCAUUAUUAUUGUUGUUGUUGUAUGAUCGAGCAGGAAGCUCCUGUUUUCCUUCCUAUCACACCUUUGUACUGCGCACUGUGUCGUCUGCAGGUAUUUCGUCGUCCUUCAUCUCCUCAGAACCUCAGCUGUGUACCAUGUGACCCAGGUAGCCGCUUCGCCCGUGUUUUAACGAUGAUAACUAUAGUGCCUGAUAGAGAUCUUUAAAUAAAAACACAUUUUGUGUUCACAUUUGAGUCGCACUGCAGCCUUUUGUGCUCGUCCAGCCUCACAUUUUAACAUUUAUUUAUUUUUUGUUUCAUUAUUGUAAAUGUGUCUACGAAGAGAAAAACAAAAAAAGUCUUAACUCAAGGUUCAUUUAUUUAUUUUUCUUUACACAUCUCACAUCUCUAUUAGUGGAUGGAGAUCGUUCUUCUGUUUAGUUUGAAUAUUACAGGAUAUUUUUAGAAGAUCAGCUAUUAUCUUUGUAUUUUAUGUCUUAAUAAAUGAUGUUUUAUUAAUA